CUCACAUGGUCAUUCCAUUUGAUCUAAAUGAGCUUCCUUUAGAUGAGCUCGAUGAAGACUUCCAGGAGCCGGAUGAUGCUAAUGAGCUCGGCCUCAACGAUGUGCUGUUGGAAAAUGGCAACGAUUUUGAUUUGAACUUACCUCUAGAUGAGUUUGGCGCGGUUGUAGAGAACCACCGACGAAAAGAGAUGACAAAAGAUAUGAGGAAACAAGUGUACCAAGCGUUGUUGGCUAGAAGCAAUAACGGGAGACUCCACAAGAAAGAUACCCAAAUUGUUGCCAACCAAUUUGAUCUCCACCUUCGGUCAGUGCAGCGCGUAUGGAACAGAGGUAAAAUACAACUUGCAAACUCGGUGCCGGUUGUGGUUGCUAGUCUAAAAAAGGGAAGAGUUGGUCGUAAAGCAAUUCCUAUUGAUUUGGAAGUUUUGCGUAACAUUCCUUUAAAGGAUAGGAUGACCUUAGAGGAUGUUUGUGCCAAGCUAAACAUGAGUAAAUGGAAGGUGCUAAGGUAUUUGAAACAAGGUUUGCUUAGGCGUCAUUCUAGUAGCAUCAAGCCCUUUCUCACUGAAGGAAACAAAAAAACUAGGUUGAAGUUUUGUAUUGACAUGAUUAAGAGGGGGUUGAAUGGUGAUCCAAGCUUUAGGGAUUUUUUUGACUUCGUUGUCAUUGAUGAAAAAUGGUUCUACCUAUCCCAAAAGUCUGAAAAAUAUUAUUUGCUCCCCGAAGAAGAUGAUCCACAUAGGACUUGCAAGAACAAAAACUACUUCCCUAGGCUCAUGUUUCUCGCUGUUUGUGCUAGACCGAGGUUUAGAGAUGGGCAGUGCAUUUUUGAUGGUAAAAUUGGAUGUUUUCCUCUUGUCAAUUAUGAACCGGCUAUAAGAGGAAAUGCUAUAAUUGGUCGUGUAAGGGGAGAUAUGGUUAUGAAGCCCAUUCAAAGUAUCACAAGAGAUGUUAUUAGAGAAUUCAUGAUUAACAAAGUCUUACCGGCCAUUAGAGCUAAGUGGCCAAGGGAAGAUGUGAGAAAUCCUAUUUAUAUUCAACAAGACAAUGCACCUUCACAUUUAAAGUUGGAUGAUCCAUUGUUUUGUGAGGCUGCAAAGCAAGAUGGUUUUGAUAUUCGCAUCAUUUGUCAACCUCCAAAUUCUCCUGAUUUUAACAUCUUGGACUUGGGUUUUUUUCGAGCUAUUCAAACAAUCCAAUACAAAAAGAAUGCAAGAACUAUUCAAGAACUAGUUCCAGCAGUGCAAGAGGUGAUAGUCGCCUAG